GCGUGUAAACCAGCGAGCUCAUGGCUACCUUGGAGUCUCCCAGAAUGGAUGGCCAGAUUGAAGACACGGAGACAGAGGAGCUGCAGAGUGCAAGGUGGCUGUAUUGUGGAGAGCCGGACGACAGGCAGAAAGCUGUGCUGGUGCAGUUCUCCAAUGGGAAGCUACAGAAUCCUGGCAACAUGCGCUUCACCUUGUACAACAGCACCGACUUGGUAAACCCCAAGCAGAAGAAUAAUCGCAUCCUGGCAGCUGAAACAGACAGGCUCUCCUAUGUUGGAAACAAUUUUGGGACUGGCGCCCUCAAAUGCAACACUCUUUGCAGGCACUUUGUGGGAAUUCUGAACAAGACCUCUGGCCAGAUGGAAGUCUAUGAUGCUGAGCUGUUCAACAUGCAGCCACUGUUUGCUGAAGAUGCUAUUGAGCAUGAGCCUCCUCUGGAGAAUCAGAACAAGUCUUUCAGGGACAAGUUGGAUUCUUGCAUUGAAGCCUUUGGAAGCACCAAGCAGAAGCGGUCCCUGAACUCCAGGAGAAUGAACAAAGUUGGCGUCGAAUCUCUGAAUCUCACAGUAGCUAAAGCCGCAGAGAGUAUCAUCGAUACAAAGGGUGUGGAUGCUCUGGUCAGUGACGCCAUGCAGGAUGACUUGCAAGACGACUCCCUCUACCUCCCUCCCUGCUACACUGAUGCAACCAAGCCCGAAGACGUGUAUAGAUUUGAAGACAUUCUGUCCCCGGCUGAGUAUGACGCUCUUGAGAGCCCAUCAGAAGCCUUCAGAAAGGUCACGUCCGAAGACAUACUGAAGAUGAUCGAAGAGAGCAGCCACUGCUCCUUCGUCAUAGAAAUGCUGAAGUCUCUGCCAGCGGAUGAGGAGCAACGGAACCGGCAAGCCCGGAGCAUCUGGUUCCUAGACGCCCUCAUCAGAUUCCGAGCUCAGAAAGUGAUAAAGGGGAAAAGUGCCUUAGGACCUGGAAUCCCACACAUCAUCAACACCAAGCUGCUGAAGCAGUUCACCUGCCUGACUUACAACAAUGGCAGUUUACGGAACUUAAUUUCGAGUUCUAUGAAGGCCAAGAUCACUGCGUAUGCAAUCAUACUUGCCCUGCACAUCAGUAACUUCCAGAUCGACCUGACAGUGUUGCAGAGGGACUUGAAGCUGAGUGAGAAAAGGAUGAUUGAGAUAGCGAAAGCCAUGAGGCUGAAGAUCUCCAAAAGAAAGGUGUCCCUGGCAGACGGCAGGGAAGAGGAUCACAGACUGGGUACUCUGUCUGUCCCACUGCCUCCGGCCCAGACCUCAGACCGACAGGCAAAACGGAAGAAAAUUAACUAGAUGUUUUCCACAGCCACUUCUGUUCACUUCCUUUUUUUUUAAGAAAGUGGACUGGACCUUGUGGUACAUACCUAUAACCCAAGUACACAGGAGACUGAGGCAGGAGGAUUGUGAAUUCUGAGCCUGUCUGGGAUUCCACCAUGCUCUACCACACCCCCGAGGCCUAACUUUAGCACGGUUAUCAUGCCAGAAGCCAGGAUUCCUGUUAUGCAUCAUCUCUUAUGCAGAAAUUAAAGUGAUGGCCCAGGUUGA